UAGAGCUGAAUUAACCAUGAGCAAGUGCAUCCAGACGGAACAUGGUUGCCGUUGUUGGGCUGGAGACUGCGAGCUGAAGGGCUGGAAUUGAGUUGGUAUUAGAUAGCCAUGGCCCUCUUCGCGCUCCUCCGACGCGUCGCUCAAUUUAAUUGACACUCUAAAUUCAACCAUAACGCUGGCCUUAGAAGUCGCUCCCAAGAAAUGAAAUUCCACUCGAGGUUCGCCGUCGUGCUGGCUGUUGCUCGCAUCGCGGCAUCUCAGUAUCUGCCAGCUUGCGCAGACAGUUGUCUAGGCUUCACUGACACCUCCUCGUCGUCCUCGUCCUCGGAGUGCAACGCAUUCGACCUCAGCUGCUCAUGUACCAACAAGGCCUACCUCGACGCCGGAGUCUGCUGUCUCCACGAGAGCUGCACCGACUCGGCCCGCGAAGAGGCAGACGCCUACGCCCGGUCGCUGUGCAGCUCGGCGGGCUACGUGAUGCCCACGGGGAUACGAUGCUCCACCAUUAGCGCAGCGACCGACGCGCAGUCUACCGAGACGGCGGGCUCUGAUGGGAGCAGCACAACGGCCGGCAGCAAGGCGGACACCACAGCGGAUAACUUGGCGACAUAUACAAACAUCGCCCUGCCGAGCUCCGACGACAGCGGCAGCAGCUCCUCCUCAGACAACUAUUACUCGACGAAGAGGAGGAAGAGCCACACGUUGAAGACGGGUCUGGGCGUUGGUCUCGGCGUAGGAAUCCCUCUCAUCUCCGCCGUGCUCGGAUAUCUCGCAUUACUACGCAGGAAGAAGAGCAGACAGGCGAACAUGGCAAACACCCAAGAACCCCCCAUGGCCGCUUACACGGCUCCUCCGCCACAAGGAUACCCGCCUCCUGGGUAUCCCCCCCAGAACCAGCCGCCUUCGGGCUAUCCGCCACAGGGCUGGCAUCCCGAAGGCUUCGUGGUGUCGCCCCCUGCAACCCAAACACCCCCGAGCCAGAGCUCGACACCGCUCAAGUACGAGCCGAGCAGUAGCCCGGACGGAACCACGAUCCAGCACGAAAUGAUAGGGACCACGCCUCCGCCGAGACAGGAGCUGCAUUCCGACGCACUGCCGAAUCAUGAACUCCAUGCGAAUCCGCAGCUGCCCAACGAGCUUCACUCUACCCCUCAGCCACUGAACCCGCUCAAUGAGCUCCCUUGAGUUAAUAGAAUCUCUCAAUCGCAUAGCCGGUCAUUCAACUCCCACAUGGUGCACCUGUACUUAAAUAAUGUUUCCCUCUGAUAGUUGGCGUUUGAAAUACAAAAAGCGCUGAAAAGGCGCUGGUCUACAGAA